UUUUUACACUGCAGUAUUGGUGCUUUUACCGCAGUAAAGGAUCACAGUUCCUCUUCCAUGAUAAAUGACACUGGCCCUUUAAUUGUGACAGCUGUAACCGGUAGUCGUGGUGCUUUAUGCGGCCCAGCUUGACACUGGUCCUUCCUCAGCAUCACCGCAUCAUCAUCCUCCUCUUCCCCCUCCCUCCAACACGGGACCCUACACUUGCCUCCAUAUAAGCGUCAAACAUCGGGAUAAUGGACGACGUCCCUCCGAUCAUCAACAUCUCCAUCUCCCUGCGGAUCCAGCCCAACGAGGGGCCCGUCUUCUUCAAGGUGGACGGGACCCGCUUCGGCCAGAGCCGGACCAUCAAGCUGCUCACAGGCUCCAAAUACAAGAUCGAGGUGGUGCUGAAGCCCGGGACGGUGGAGGCCACCAACAUGAACAUCGGAGGCGUCAUCUUCCCUCUGGAGCAGCAGUCCAGGGACGAGGAGUCAGUGGUCUAUCACGCUCUGUACAACACCGAGGGCGUCCCGCACACCAAGAGUGGAGACCGGCAGCCCGUCGAGGUCAGCAUAGAGUUUAACAAGGCCGGGACCUUUGAGACGGUGUGGCAGGCGAAAUACUACAACUACUACAAGAGGGAGCACUGCCAGUUCGGCAACAAGUUCAGCAGCAUCGAGUACGAAUGCAAACCCAACGAGACGCGGACCCUGAUGUGGAUCAACAAGGAGGCGUUCAACUGA